AUGGUGAAUGAAAAAUUUGCCAGAAUAGUUCCUAGUGAGUUUAUAAUGAUCACGGUGGUAAUGUGCUACAGUUUGAUUCAUAUGGCUUUGACAUCGUCCACUAUCGUUUCUUAUGUACAAAAUGCCAUGGUUAUAGCUUGCACACUAGCACCAAUUUUUUACUAUUGUUGGUUUGGCAAUGAAGUCAAGCUAAAGAGCCUGCAAUUGUCGGAUAAUAUUUAUAAUACAGAAUGGACAAUACUUAACAACAACAUCAAGAAAGGUCUCUUAAUGAUCAUGAAUCGUGCGACGAUACCAAUCGAAUUUACCAGCGCAAACAUUCUGUCAAUGAAUCUUGAAUCAUUCGUGAUGGUGCUCAGGACAUCAUAUUCACUUUUUAAUGUACUGGUAAAUUCGCAGAAAUAG